AUGCAAAUUCUUGCCUCUCUGGCAUUCUUUACUGCACCGCAAAGCUGCACUGCUGACUCCAGUCCUUUGGAAGAAUGUUUCAGGGAGGCCGAUUAUGAGGAAUUUCUAGAGAUAGCCAGGCACGGACUAGAGAAGACGUCCCACCCAAGACACGUGGUGAUCGUGGGAGCAGGAGUAGCCGGGCUCAGCGCAGCCUAUGCUCUCACAGAGGCUGGGCACAAGGUGACAGUUCUGGAAGCCAGCGAGCGUGUGGGAGGACGGACGGAGACUUAUCGCAAUGAAAGAGAGGGCUGGUAUGCAGAACUAGGCGCCAUGCGCCUGCCGAAAUCACACAGGAUUGUCCGUGAGUACAUUAGAAAGUUUGGCCUGAGGCUGACAGAGUUUGUUCAGGAGGAUGACAACGCCUGGUAUUUGCUUAAUAACAUCAGGAGAAGAAUCUGGGAGGUCAAGAAGAACCCCAGCCUCUUGGGCUAUGAGGUUGAUCCCUCUGAAGAAGGCAAAACUGCAGACCAGUUGUAUCAGGAGUCCCUUCGACAGGUUGAAGAUGAAUUGAGCAGGACAAACUGUAGCUACAUUCUGGCUAAAUAUGACACCUACUCAACCAAGCAAUAUUUAAUCAAGGUAGCAAACCUGAGUCGUGGAGCUGUCCAGAUGAUUGGAGACAUAUUAAACGAAGAUUCGGGAUAUUACUUGUCUUUUCUUGAGAGCAUGGGAUAUUAUGAUAUCUUCUUGUCAAGGUUUGAUGAAAUUGUGGGAGGCAUGGAUCAGCUGCCCAGAGCCAUUUACAGUACAAUCCCAGGACUGGUAAAUUUUAAUGCCAGAGUCAUUAGGAUAGAGCAGAACGCCCACAGAGUCAAUGUGAUUUAUCGGACCCCAGGGGAAACGGUAUCAAGUGUGAUGGCCGAUUAUGCCAUUGUCACCUCCACAACCAGGGCCACGCGACGCAUCUAUUUUGAUCCACCUCUUUCGCCUAACAAAACAGAUGCCCUGAGGUCCACCCAUUACAGGAGUGCCACCAAGAUCUUCCUUGCUUGCAGACAGAAGUUCUGGGAACGGGAUGGUAUUUAUGGUGGGAAAUCCACAACGGAUCGCCCAUCCCGAUUCAUCUACUACCUUGCCCAAAACUUCACUGGUGGCGUUGGUGUCGUCUUGGCUUCCUACGUCCAAGGGGAUGACUCUCGUUUCUUCCUGGCCCUCAGCGAUGAGGAUGUCGUGAAUAUCAUAAUGGAUGACUUGGCAGCCGUCCACCAGAUGCCCAAAUACAGUGAGACUCUCAGGAUGCCAGAGGGCAGAAUCCAUUUUGCUGGAGAACAUACUGCCAAACGCCAUGGCUGGCUGGAUAUGUCAAUAAUAUCAGGGCUGAGAGCAGCAAAAGAAAUAAAUAGCUUUUCAUUUAGCAAGCAGUGUUCAGGAAUCAAACACAAUGGGAAAAAUGAACUUUAA